GAACAGGAGAAUAUCUCAAAAGAAUCAUCGCAACAGUACGAAUGUAUUCGCUAAACGAGAAAGUAUAGACAAAAGCAAAUUAAAGCAACAACAACACCAAUCACAACAACAGCAUCAGCACCACUCACAUCAUAAUAAAGAAACAGAAACGACAUACAACAAUGAAUAUUUUAAAAAUUCUAUUUGCCAUCUCUUUGAUACUGAAGAUUUCAUCGGCCGCCAAGGAACCCUCCAAACGGGACAAGCUGCUGGAGUUCGCCCUGCCCAAACACAGACAAGCCAUACGAAUAUUUUUGAUGCUGCAGGAACCCUGGCAUUUAAAUGUACUGCGAGACCUCGACGAAUUAAUUGAAAAUGACAACGAGGCCUACUCGCCCCUCUACGAUGUAUACAGAGACUCCGUCGAGAACUUUUUGGACGCCUUCAAGAUCUAUGCCCAAGACCAACAGAACUGUGCAAAGGCCGAGAACUUGGUCGAAAAGAUAGCCGCAACGAGGGAACUCCUAUACUCCACCGAUGACACCAGAUUCAAAAAGCUAUUGGAAAGCCACAGCAUAGACACCCUCGAUGUCUACGAGCACUACACACUGGAGUUCUACGAUCGAUUCGCCCACGAAUUCCUCGCCUACGAAUCCAGCCUCAGCGAGGAGCAGCAGGAGCAAGAACAGAAUUUCAUCAAGUGGUUCAACGAUUUCGUCGAGGAAAAGGAUUUCAUGAGGAAAACCGAAAAGUUUGGCCAGUUCUUUGAGUUUUUCGAGCAGAUGAAACACGAUACAUCCACAUGCAAAUGUCUAUUGUGAACAAAGAACCGAACCCACAUACUACUAGCUACUAUUUUGAUAAAUUAAAAAUUAAAAUAAGAAUAAAGUAAUGUGCACAUGUGUAGUAUCUGCCUGCGUAUGUGCACUCCUUUCACAUAAA